GGUGUGCAACUCCUCUUCCCUUCCUUCUCCUCCUCCUCCUAGACACCAACCUCAAGGACUAGGAGCCAAGCAGCUUUGCUUCUUCUCCACCCUCUCCCAAGACUGACAGCUCAGUAAACCUGACCAGCAGUGAAUCAGCCCAUCUCAAGGAGGGGGAGGAGCGGCACUUGAACAGAGGGGAUGGUAAUGCAAUAAUCAUUUUUUAAACUCAUAUCCCAAUGUACGACUGCAUCAGGUCAGGGAGAAAAAUUAGGGGGGAAACAGACAUCUAACUCAAUGGACUCUGCAGAUUGUAGCCUUCCUGAUGGAGAUUCGGCAAACAGCAAUCAGAAUGAGUCCAGCGUAAAAGGUAGUAACCAAGUAGCUGUUGAUGCCGUGGAUAACUGAGGUGAACAAUAAAGGUCAAGCUGCUGGCAAGAAGGCUCAUAUGUCACAAAUAGAGGUGAUCCCUUGCAAGAUUUGUGGAGACAAGUCAUCAGGUGUUCAUUAUGGGGUAAUCACAUGUGAAGGAUGUAAGGGGUUCUUCAGAAGAAGUCAGCAAAGUAAUGUGACCUACUCUUGCACUCGCCAGAAAAACUGUCAGAUUGACCGGACCAGCCGUAACCGAUGUCAGCACUGCCGCCUUCAGAAGUGCCUUGCACUUGGCAUGUCUAGAGAUGCUGUUAAGUUUGGCCGGAUGUCUAAAAAACAGCGAGACACAUUGUACGCAGAAGUACAGAAGCAUCGACUUCAGCAGCAACAGCAACAGCUCCAGUUUGAUUCUGAUGAAGCGGAAUGUUCCCCCUUCCAAGCAGGACUCACUAAUGGACACACAAGGCUUGCAACACCUUUGAGUGACUCAGAAUCACCUGCCUACUCAGCAGGUCAUCCGAAUGGGCAGACAAGGCUUGGACUGCUAGCAGAUGAGCCUGAGGGGGAUACAUACAUGAAAGGACACAGUAAAGGGCUAUGUAGGCAACCAGAAGACUUUAGUAACUUGCUUCCUAAAGACAACAGUGUGGACAGGCUAAAACUGGGGGACAGGGAGAGUGGGAAUAGAUAUUACUCAUUCGACAUGCCUUCUUCACCAGAUCAGUCUGGACUGGACAUAAAUGGAAUUAAGCGGAGUUUGGCUUAUGAUCUUCCUGAACAUCUUGAUUAUUAUAUGCCCCCCAGUUUCACAGGAAUACCGGAAUCCCCCAUAUCAGCCAUGACAGAAAUAGAACACGUGAUACAGAAUAUCACCAAAUCACACCGUGAAACUUGCCAGUUUCGACUGGAAGAUCUACAUGCUAUUCGUUUUGAGACAUUUUCUCGUGAAGAAAUGUACAGCUACCAGAGGAAGUCAAUGGAAGAGAUGUGGGAGCGAUGUGCCUGCCGGAUCACAGAUGCUAUCCAGUAUAUUGUGGAAUUCGCCAAGAGAAUUAGUGGAUUCAUGGAACUCUGCCAGAAUGAUCAGAUUGCUCUUCUAAAAGCAGGUUCCAUGGAAGUUUUAUUACUCAGAAUGUGUCGUGCCUUCAACCCAGAGAAUAACACUGUCUUCUUUGAGGGGAAGUACGCAUCACCAGAGCUCUUCAAAUCACUUGGUUGCAGUGACUUGAUUGCCUCAGUAUUUGAAUUUACGCAGGGGCUGUGCUCACUACACUUAUCGGAACAAGAACUUGCUGUCUUCACUGCUGUAGUACUCAUCAAUGCAAACCGACAGUGGCUCCAGGAAAGAGGGAAGGUAGAACAUUUACAGACCAAUACAGAACUGGCAUUUAAGCACUUACUGCAGAAAAACCAUAGGGAAGCAUUACUUCUGAAGUUACCUUCAAAGAUGUUCACACUACGGACACUGUGUGCGUUACACAUGGAGAAGUUGAAGGCAUUCCGACAGAUGCACCCUAUUAUCGUCCAUGCUUUCCCACCACUGUAUAAAGAACUCUUUGCCUCUGAGUGUGAGGCACAGGUUGCCACGGAAUAGAACGUAGACUUGAAAAGCUUCUUCACCCUACCCAGUAAGCUGUGAGCUAUAUCAGUGUCACUGGUAUGGAAGCUUAAAAGAAGAUUGUGGCAUUGAACAAUUAACUUCACUGUCACUGCUGCAUCGAAUGCUAAAAAUGAAGAAAAAGAUAAACACCUCUGAUAACACAUGGACUGUACAAGAUACUAAAGUUAGUCUCUAUAACUCACAUUAUUUCUGAAAUGAGUUGCAGUUUGCUCUCUGCUGUUGCUUUCCAGAUGGAAUGGUGCAACCAGGUUUGGGUUGCAGUACCUCAUUUUAUGUGAAUAUUCAAAACUAUUGAACAGCUGCUGACCACUAUGGCCAUGUAGACUCAAAACAUUUUUAAAAGUAUGGUCAGUUUCAUACUUUUCAGAUGCUAUCCAGUUCGUAAAGUAAGGAAGUGUUUGCGUCUGUUUAUUUUUUCCUUACAGCCACAGGCAUGGAUUCUAAAAGAGAUGUACUAUGUCUGUUUCCAGUUACUUAACAUUAGAAACUCAAUUUCCUUUCUAAUGUAUUUUCAUUUUUAUAAAAAUAAAGCUGUAUAUUUAGGUAAUUUUAAAUCUGUAACAAUGAGGUUUGAUGUAAAAUAUAUUUUUGAAAAAGAUCUGUUAUUAAAUAUGGAAUUCAGGAAGAUUUACUUUGACUGCACAGAACUAAAUAUCUGAUUUGUAGUGUUAUGAAAAGAUUUUUAACUCCAUCUAGAGGUGCAUGUAAGACAGGUGGAGCCCAACAGCGGAACAUAUUAUUGUAUUUUUUAGACUGAGUAUUAGACUUGCUUGGGACAGGGUGGGUUAGAUCUAUGUAAUUGUAUGACUGUUGUCCAUUGGUAUUGUAUUCGUUUUGAAGCUAGAUGUUGCCCUACCCCAACAAAUGAAAAAGAAGUAUGUUUCAAUGUUGAGUUUAUUUAGGAGAUAACCAAAUCCAAAUCAUGAGGGAAGUUUGAAAUGUUGGUUAAAAGCACAAGCGCACUUGUAUGUACAGUAUUAAUUGACAAACAAGAUGACUUCAUCAGUUACCAAAGAGUUACUGAAGUUGCACCUUUUAAUUUUUUUUUUUUUUAUUUGCGAACAUAAGGCCUACAUUAACAGUGACAGCGUUACACUUACUUAAUCUUGGCUGAUUUUCUCCACAGUAGACCGUGAUGCUUGUGUGGUGAAGCUUGUUAUCAAACCCUCUGAAAUUAUAAUGGCCAGUGAUCAGACUGGUAAUUUUUGUUUUUGAAGUUUUAGGGCAGACAAGAAGUGUGCCACUGUCAUGAUAAAAGAAAUUAAAUUUCCAUUAAGUUGUUUGAAGUUUUGGCAUUA